GCCAGAGCCGUAGGCGCUCUAGCCACUCCGGGGACUCGGCUGUCCUCCGCCUCGGCCCGCUUCCCACCGGUCUGAAUUCCGCUUCCGGUCUGACAUUGGCGUCUUUGCGAAGGGUCACAUUGAGCUUCGCGCUGCUUCAGGGGCGUCUUUAGGACUCAGCACCAUGGCUGAAGACAUCAAGACGAAAAUUAAGAACUACAAGACUGCCCCUUUUGACAGCCGCUUCCCCAACCAGAACCAGACUAGGAACUGCUGGCAGAAUUACCUGGAUUUCCACCGCUGUGAGAAGGCAAUGACUGCCAAGGGAGGUGACGUCUCUGUGUGCGAGUGGUACCGGCGUGUGUACAAGUCACUCUGCCCCCUGUCCUGGGUCUCAAGCUGGGAUGACCGCCUUGCAGAAGGCACAUUUCCUGGAAAGAUCUGAUGUUGCUCCACCUCAGCUCUCCUCUGUCUUCUGUCCUCCCAGGGUAGUAAAGGGGGACCUGGGUACAUGAUGGUCCCUGUCUGGGACCCUGAAUCAUGAUGUAACUGCUAAUAAAAACUCACUGGAAAAGUGUUA